CGGUGAAAACAGUUACUUCGACACCUGUGGCCAUGGAGAGUGCCAGCCCACAUGUGAGAACCCCGCACCCAUCUGUUUACAAGUGUGUAUCCCAGGGUGUCAGUGUAACGCCGGGUUCGCACUGCAGGAUGGGAAGUGUAUUCCCAGGAGUCAGUGCGAGGAUGAUUCAGAAGGGGAGUGUCGUGGACGCUGGAGCACUCCGGAAGGGUGCCGUGGGGAUGACUGUGACCACUCAGUCUCCUGGAUGUACAAUUCCGACACCGAUAAGAUAUUCUUCGAGAUGAGCGCCAGGCAGACCAGUGACAAGUGGCUGGGCAUCGGUUUCUCCAACGAUCGAGUCAUGCCCAACACUGAUGUUAUUGUCGCGGCGGUGUCAUCCGACGGCGGGGUCUCUAUCACUGAUAGGUGGGCAAAUGCACGUGCUAUGCCGCCCGAGGACAGUUCUAACGACAUAGAGGACCCACAGGGAUCAUACAACAAUGGUGUGAUCAACGUCAACUUCACCCGUCAGCGUAACACCGGUGACGACAAUGAUCUAGCCUUCACCGACGAUGACUGCCUUUACAUGUUCUACGCACUAGGGGGCACGUAUAACCAUCGCUCUCAAACCCUUUCCUACCAUCCGACAACACCAACCAUCAGCGAAGAGAAAAUCUGCAUCAGAGGGGUUUGUCGGCCUGACGAAGCUUCAGGCCCGUGUAGCAGCGCCCCCUGUCAGAACGAUGGCAACUGCUGGGAACCCCCGGAUGGAGGAUUCCUGUGUCAGUGCCGCCUGGGCUAUGAGGGUCCCAUCUGUGAGAACUACACCGACCCCUGUCAGACUGGCAGCAACCCCUGCAUGAACGGCGGGACCUGCAUGUACGAGGAGUUCGGGGACGAGCGCUACCCGUCAUGCACGUGCCCCAGUGGUUUCACCGGCAGGGUCUGUGAACUGCCCGUACCGACCGUGUGUGAUGUGAACACGUGCAAGAAUGGAGGGGACUGUCUGACAACACCCUGUUUUCAUGGUGAUGUAGACUGUGAACCAGACGUUAGCUGCGUCUGCCCGGCAGGGUUCACAGGGUACUACUGCGAGUUCGUCUUCGGGAUGUGUGACGAGGACAGUUGCGACAAUGGCGGCGAGUGUCGACAGGUUCCGUUCGAACACUAUUACAGCUGUGAAUGCCGCAAUGGUACCACAGGAGCAAGAUGUGAGUCAACUGGCAUCAUCGAUUGCUCCCAACCUGAUGUAUUUUGGUGUGAUAACGGCCUGUGUGUGCACCAGAACCGUACCUGUAACGAUGAAGACAACUGUGGCGACCGGAGCGACGAAAGAGGCUGUCCUACCGGAGCCUGCAAAAGUUAUCCCUGUAUGAACGGUGCGAGUUGCUGUGACUUGGGUGAGGACGGGUUCUCGUGUCUGUGCCGCCUGGGAUACGAUGGUGAGACCUGCGAGAGCUUUACCGACCCUUGUGGGUCAGGCAACCCCUGUUCAAACAACGGCACAUGUAUGUCAUGGGACAUGGGAGACGGUGUUCCUGCAGAGUACCAGUGCCAGUGUCCUCCAGGUUUCACAGGUAUGACAUGUGAAAUCCCGUUACCAACUGUCUGCGACCAGAACACAUGUCAGAAUGGCGGGAACUGUGUGACAGCAUCUUGCUCUCAAGGCUCAGAAGGCUGCCAACCGGAGGUCAGCUGCAUCUGCCCGGCAGGUUUCACCGGUUACCGCUGCGAGUUUGUGUUGGGAAUGUGCGGGGAGGGGGAGGAGGACUCCUGCUUCAACAACGGCGAAUGCAUGCAAGUGCCAUGUAAAGACUACUACAGCUGUGAAUGCAGGAAUGGUACUGGAGGAGCAAGAUGUGAGUCGACUGGCAUCAUUGAUUGCUCCCAACCUGAAACAUUUUGGUGUGAUAACGGCUUGUGUGUGCACCAGAACCGUACCUGUAACGAUGAAGACAACUGCGGGGACCGGAGCGACGAAAGAGGCUGUCCUACAGGAGCCUGCAAAAGUUAUCCCUGUAUGAACGGUGCGAGUUGCUGUGACUUGGGUGAGGAUGGAUUCUCGUGUCUGUGCCGCCUGGGAUACCAUGGUGAGACCUGCGAGAACUUUACCGACCCUUGUGGAUCAGGCAACCCCUGUGCAAACAACGGCACAUGUAUGUCAUGGGACAUGGGAGACGGUGUUCCUGCAGAGUACCAGUGCCAGUGUCCUCCAGGUUUCACUGGUAUGACAUGUGAAAUCCCGUUACCAACUGUCUGCAACCAGAACACAUGUCAGAAUGGCGGAGACUGUGAGAUCAUAACAUCCUGCUCUGAAGGGUCAGAAGACUGUGAACAGGAGAUCAGCUGCGUCUGCCCGGCAGGUUUCACCGGUUACCGCUGCGAGUUUGUGUUGGGAAUGUGCGAGGAGGGGGAGGAGGACUCUUGCUUCAACAACGGCGAAUGCAUGCAAGUGCCAUGUAAAGACUACUACAGCUGUGAUUGUCACAAUGGUUUCGAUGGACCUCGCUGUGAAAUGAGAGAAUCAUCAGGUGCAAGUGCAGGGUGCAGUCCCAUUGAGGUUGACAUGUGCCGUGAAGCUGUUCCGUACAACACCACAAGGUUUCCCAAUUUGUUGGGUCACCUGUCACAACAGGCCUUCCUGAGCGAUUCAUUAACAUAUCAAUUAGUGGCUGCGUUAAUGGCGAGUGGAUGUCAUCCUGGCGUGGAGUUCGGCGUGUGUUCUGCAGCCGUGCCGCAAUGUGACCGUGAUCAGAUAAAGCCAUGCAAGACAUUCUGUUACGACGUACGACAAAGCUGUGAACCGCUUGUCGUACAGCAGGGUGCAGUAUGGCCAUCUGCUCUGUCCUGCAAUGACUUCCCGGACUUACCAGAGAAGUGUGCCUCUCCGUAUGAGGAAAGAGUGCCAGUGGAAGUUCGCCUCUCUGGAGGAGCGACUGCAAACGAGGGCCGUGUAGAGAUCCGGUUAGGUAACGGACAAUGGGGCACCGUCUGUGAUGACGACUUUGACAUCAACGAUGCUAACGUCGUCUGCAGACAACUCGGAUACGGGUACGCAGUGUCGUACGAAGAAUCCGCUCAUUUCGGGCAGGGAAACGGUUCAAUUUGGUUGGACGAUGUUUCGUGUGGCGGCGACGAGGAAACAUUAUUGGACUGCAGGUCGAACGGCUGGGGGGUGAACGAUUGUAGCCACUUCGAGGACGUUGGAGUUGUUUGUGGAUCGUUCGAGUGUAGUCCGAUAGAGAUUGAGAUGUGCCGAGGAGUUGUCCCCUACAACAUAACGGCUUUCCCAAAUAUUCUGGGUCACAAGUCGCAGCAGGAGUUGCUUGAUGACGCAACGACUUUUCAGCUCAUUGAUGGGAUGAUAGCCAGCCAGUGUCAUCCAGAGGUAGAGUUCGCAGCCUGCUCUGCAAUCGUGCCCAGAUGUGACGGCAAUGUUCGGAUAGGACUCUGUAGGUCUUUCUGUCUUGACGUGAGGUUCAGUUGUGAACAGAGUGUUACACAGCAGGGACACUCGUGGCCAGACUCUCUGUCGUGUCAAGGCCUCGCAGAUCUUCCCGCUGAUUGUUCAACGCCCUAUGAUGAAAGAGUGCCCUUGGACAUUCGCCUUGUCGGAGGAGCGACCUCGAACGAAGGCCGUGUAGAGAUCCGGCUAGGUAACGGAGAAUGGGGAACCAUCUGUGAUGACAGCUUUGAUAUCAGCGAUGCAGGCGUCGUCUGCAGGCAAUUGGGAUAUGAAACCGCAGCUUCGUACGAAGACUCUGCUUAUUUCGGACAGGGUAAUGGCUCUAUUUGGUUAGACGAUGUUGAGUGCGACGGAGAUGAGGAGACUCUACUGGACUGUUCAUCAGGUGGAUGGAGUCAGCACAACUGUGGCCACUCUGAGGACGUCGGAGUCGUUUGCUUGGAUUGCUCCCAACCCGGAGUGAUUCCGUGUGACAACGGAAGGUGUUUCCUGGAGAGUCAAAGAUGUGACAGGGUGGACAACUGUGGGGACCAGACUGACGAGAGAGACUGUAGUUGCUCUGAGCUGGGAGACCUGGAGUGCCCCAAUGGGGCCUGCUACAGGCCUUCAGACGCGUGUAAUGGCGUUAACGACUGUGGUGACUGGGCAGAUGAGGACAACUGCACUUCAUGCCUCGGUUUUGGCACGCUUUACCGCUGUCGGAACAGAAGAUGUUUGCGUCAGGAAAACAUUUGUAACGGCGUGGACGACUGUGGAGAUGGAUCAGACGAGUCCCCAGAAAUCUGUCUUUACGAUGCCUCCUGCAAGGACUACCAUUUCACGUGUAAUGACAACAAGUGCAUUCCAUUGGGUUUGAAAUGUGACGGUGCUGAGGACUGUGCUGACGGUUCCGAUGAGCUCGGCUGUGCCUACCUCUCCACCUGUGGGAUGAGGCGUAUCCAACCACAGAGGACCAGAAUAACAUACGGAGAUGACGCAGCUGUGGGGAAGUGGCCAUGGCAGGUGCAGCUAACACUUGCAGGAAGCAACAGUUUUGUGUGUGGUGGGACACUCGUCGGUGGGCAGUUUGUCGUGACAGCUGCUCACUGUCUGGAGCCCUUCAACUUUCAAAUUUAUUCCAAUAAUCCCUGGUGGGAAGACUACGGUGUCGUGCUGGGUGGAUGGCGCAGUGCGUACUCUCCGUUUGAGGAAGGGAGAGAAGAGCCUGGCAUCAGACAUGCAGUUAUUCAUAAAGAUUACGACACGGGAAGUCACAAGAACGACAUUGCCGUACUUCAACUGAAAUCCUACGAAGACAACGACUACAUCAACAGCGCCUGCCUCCCAGGAGCGGACACCGAGUUUGGCACCAACUCUCACUGCUUCGUCACGGGGUGGGGGAACACGGAAAAUGGUACACAGCCAGACUUCCUGCAAGAUGCCAGGGUUGCCCUCAUACCAGACAGCGCGUGCCUGUCGAAUGUGUCGUAUGGAUCAAGGUUCUACCAGGAGGAGAUGAUCUGUGCAGGCUACUGGGAUGGCAAGGUCGACACCUGUCAAGGAGACUCAGGUGGCCCGUUAGUUUGUGCGCGGGAGGAUAACCGAUGGUAUUUGACCGGAGUUACGAGUUGGGGUGACGGCUGUGGAAUUGCCAGGAAACCGGGAAUAUCCGCCAGGGUCACCAACUACAUUGACUGGAUAAAGAGCAUCAUGAACAACACCUACGCCUGUAGCUGGGAUGGAAGUUACACGUGUGAGGACACUGGUGCCUGCAUCCCCGGUAGUCUCCGAUGCGAUGGCAAGAUAGACUGUGAGAACGGCGAUGACGAGCAGGAUUGUCAAGAUUCCGGUCCAUCGUCCCUUGAAAUGCGACUUGUUGGAGGAGCAACAGAAUACGAGGGUCGUGUAGAGAUCCAAAACAGCGACGGUACCGGACAAUGGGGAACGAUCUGCGACGACGACUUCGACCUUAAUGACGCAAGGGUUGUCUGCAGACAACUCGGAUAUGGCUUUCCACUACAAUACACGUCAGGCGUCUUUGGGGAGGGCAGCGGUUCUAUCUGGUUAGACGAUGUGCAGUGUGAGGGAGACGAGGAGACAUUACUGGACUGUCCUUCCAACGACUGGGGCGAGCAUGACUGUGGCCACUACGAAGAUGUAGGGGUCAUCUGUUCAAAUACAACAGGCAACGUGUCUUUGGAAGUACGGCUUGUCGGAGGAUCCAGCGCGAACGAGGGUCGUGUAGAGAUCCGUAUUGGGAACGGAGAAUGGGGCACCAUCUGUGACGACAGCUUUGAUAUCAAUGCCGCUAACGUCGUCUGCAGACAACUUGGAUAUGGCAAUGCUGCUUCGUACGAAGGCUGGGCUUAUUUCGGACAGGGUACUGGCUCUAUUUGGUUAGACGAUGUUGAGUGCGACGGAGAUGAGGAGACUCUACUGGACUGUUCAUCAGGUGGAUGGAGCCAGCACAACUGUGGCCAUUCUGAAGACGUCGGUGUCGUCUGCUUGGAUUGCUCCCAACCCGGAGUGAUUCCGUGUGGCAACGGAAGGUGUUUCCUGGAGAGUCAAAGAUGUGACAGGGUGGACAACUGUGGGGACAAGACAGACGAGAGAGGCUGUUUCAGUAGGGUUGUCUCUGCCGACUUGACCUUACCUGGUGAAGUUUUCAGUGAGGACCUUAACGACAGGAAUAGCCCGCGGUACCGGAUGCUGGCAGGGACGUUGGAGAGUGAGGUAUCCAAGGCCUUUGAAGACAUCUCCACCUUUCGACAGGCAACUGUGAAGAGUUUUCGCGCCGGCAGUGUAAUUGCUGGUAUGGACAUGGAGUUUGAGAACAACGGGCAAGCUCCAGACCCAGAGACUGUGGUAGGGUCCCUCCAGCAGCACAUAGAAGAUAAUGGAGGACGUCUUGGAAACCUGAGUGUGAGCCAAGUGGACGCCGUUGCAUCCAGAGAUUCGUGUGAGCCAGUGCCAAGUGGAUUCGAAUUCUGCAGUCCCUACAUCGAUUAUAACGUCAUUCGGUUCCCCAACCCGUUCAACCAUACCUCUCAGCUGGACAUCGCAACUUCAGCCGAGUUUCGAGACUUCUCAGCCUUGAUAACAAACUUCUCAAUUUGCUAUCCGAACAUUUACCAGGUUUACUGCCCAACGUUCUUGCCCAAAUGUGAGAGUGGUUCUCAGGUGUUCCUGUGUAGAAGUGUCUGUGAGGAGGUCAAUGCAGCAUGCGCACCACGAGGACUGUCUCUACCGUUCUCCUGUGACGUUUUCCCUGCUGAUGGGACCCAGGAGUGUCUUACCAUAGGUGCACAGACGUGUCAGCCUGUGACUUACGACCGUUGUAGAAACAUGCCCUACUCGGAAACAGCUUUGCCUCCUGGAGUGCCGAUGGAAGCUGUUGUUGCGGUUGCAGACGGGUUCUUCGCAACAGCGGACAGGAUUGCGGGAUGCCAUCCGGACUUAGACGCGUUUGCGUGCUCAUUCUCAUUCCCGCCGUGCACGUCUACCGGAAUUAGAUAUCCCUGUGCAUCAUUCUGCAAUGAGAUAAUUGAUGCCUGUACGGACGAGGCCAACGCAACCGGGAUUGACUGGGACCCUAAUCUUUGUACCGUGCUUCCACCAGGCAGCUAUACAGAGGACUGCUUUGCCCCUCGUGAAUCAGAAUGCGAUCCAAUACCUUUCGACCGUUGCCAAAACAUGCCCUACUCCGACACAUCAUUCCCAACCUGGUCAGGAUGGCAGGGUCCGACCGAGGCCAUCGGGAAUGCAACAGAGAUAUUUGGAGCCCUUGACCAGAUUUCGUACUGCCACGAAGACCUACACUUUUUCCUGUGCUCUCUAUACUUUCCUUCUUGUACAGCGAUAGGACUCAACUUCCCAUGCCGCUCUUUCUGUGACGAAAUAAAUAACGCAUGCGGGCUGACAGCCUUAAUCAAUGGCAUUACGUGGGACUUAAGCGGCUGUACCAUGCUUCCUGCAAGCAGUUAUGAAGAGGGGUGCAUCGCUCCUGACCAGCAAGCCUCGUCGUCAUGUGAGCCAAUACCAGCCGGAUGGGAAUAUUGCAGUUCUUUCAUCGAUUAUAACUACACUGGAUUCCCCAACGUGUUCAACCAUGCCUCUCAGCUCGACAUGGUGGUGUCAGCCGAGUUUCAAGGUUUCACCGCCAUGUUGGCAAACAUCUCUAUUUGCUAUCCGAACAUUUACCAGGUGUACUGUCCAACGUUCUUGCCCAAAUGUGAGAAUGGUUCUCAGGUGUUCCUGUGUAGAAGUGUCUGUGAGGAGGUCAAUGCAGCAUGCGGCCCACGAGGACUGUCUCUACCGUUCUCCUGUGACGUUUUCCCUGCUGACGGAACCCAGGAGUGCAUGACCAUAGCCUCGCCGUCAUGUGAGCCAAUACCAACCGGAUGGGAAUUCUGCAGUUCUUUCAUCGAUUAUAACUACACUGGAUUCCCGAACAUGUUCAACCAUGCCUCUCAGCUCGACAUGCUGAUGUCGACCGAGUUUCAAGGUUUCGGCGCCAUGUUGGCAAACUUCUCCAUUUGCUAUCCGAACAUUUACCAGGUUUACUGCCCAAUGUUCCUGCCCAAAUGUGAAAAUGGUUCUCAGGUUUUCCUAUGUAGAAGUGUCUGUGAGGAGGUCAAUGCAGCAUGCGCACCAAGAGGAUUGUCUCUACCAUUCUCCUGUGACGUUUUCACUGCUGACGGAACGCAGGAGUGUCUUGCCAUAGAUGCACAGCCGUGUCAGCCUGUGACUUACGACCGCUGUAGAGGCAUGCCCUACUCGGAAACAGCUUUGCCUCCUGGACUGCCGAUUGAAGUUGUCGUUGCGAUGGCAGACGGGUUCUUUGCAUCAGCGGACAGGAUUGCUGGUUGUCAUCCGGACUUAGACACGUUUUUGUGCUCAUUCUCAUUUCCACCGUGCACGUCUACCGGAAUUAGAUAUCCUUGCGUCUCCUUCUGUAAUGAGAUAAUUGAAGCUUGUACGGACACGGCCAUCGCAGCUGGGAUUGAGUGGGACCCUAAUCUCUGUGCCAUGCUUCCACCAGGCAGCUAUGAAGAGGACUGUUUUGCGCCACGUGCAACGUCAGAAUGUGAAACAGUACCUUACGACCGUUGCCAAAAGAUGCCCUACUCCGACACGUCAUUCCCGAACUGGUUAGGGUGGCGAGGACCGACAGAUGCCGUCGGAAACGCAACAGAGAUAUUUGGAGCCCUCGAUCAGAUUUCCGAUUGCCACAAGGACUUGGAGUUCUUUUUGUGCUCGCUGUACUUCCCGUCAUGCACAUCGACAGGAAUCAAAUUCCCAUGUCGCUCCUUCUGUGAUGAGAUAAAUAACGCAUGCGCACUCCGAGCCCUUUCCAUGGGCAUUCCUUGGGACACCGCCGGCUGUACCACCCUGCCAGUCAGCAGCUACCAGGAGGGGUGCCUCGCUCCUCAAGCGACGUGCGAUGGCUGGUCAUAUGAAUGUUACGGAUCCCCUGGAAGCUGUGUGGGUGCUUGGGAGUUCUGUGAUGGAAACGGAUUUUGUCCCUACAAUGACGACGAACAUAGCUGCGGCAACUACACAUGCACGCCCAUUGAGCUGGGGUACUGCCAAGGAGAAGUUCCCUACAACAGAACGCUUCUCCCGAACUACUUUGGACAGGAGAGCACAAUAAUGAUUGAAGAGUCUGACAUACAUCAGAACGUGUCUCUUCUGGCUGAUACGGCUUGUCAUGAACACGUGAAAUUCCUCUACUGUCAUAUGGCAGUUCCAGAGUGCAUUAGGGAGGGUGUACGCGGCCAGCCCCUGUGUCGCACCCUGUGUGAGGAGGUCAGACAGAAUUGUGCAGAGGAAAUAAAGGAGAUAGGGUUCCAGUUUGAUAAGAGCACGUGUGACAGUAUCUUUCCGGAUUCUGUUCAGAAUGAUACGUGCAAAAUAGCAAAAGAAUUCAACUGCACGUUUGACGAUGACACCUGUGAAUGGAUGGCUGGCAACAAUAGCCAGGCAGCGAGGAUUCAGCCAGCAUCGGACUCUGGUAACUAUGUAUCACUGAAUGGCGCCUCGUCAAAGCUAACUAGUCCAACGAUGUACACGGAUAACAAAUGCCUGAGGAUGCGGUAUUUCGUGAGAGGUGACGGCAGCAGGUUAUCGGUAUACGUGACGGGACCGGACGGUAACAGCUUCAGCACGUGGCGCCAGUCAUCUACUUAUGAUGGAGAUGGGCGGGAUGAAGAUGGGAUGGCUGAUGAUGGGCGGAGUGAGGAGGAGGAACUGCAGUGGUCAUCUAUCAAUCUGAACAUCAAUAAAGGAUGGCCUUGGUUCAAGGUGUCUUUGGACGCGUAUGUAGCCGAAGAGGGAGAGGUAGGAGUUGACGAUGUUACUCUCUCCGACGGAUCAUGUGGAGGAGAAGAAGUUUCUCCUGGAUGCGAGCCGAUGAAGUUCGAACGUUGUCUGGACAUGCCUUACAAUUUCACCACCUACCCGAACGUGCUGGGCUGGGAGAGAGAUCUGUCCUUUCACCUCUCGCCGGGAACCUUCCAGGCGUUUGACCAGAUCGCGGACUGCCAUCGUGAUCUGCAGUUCUAUCUCUGCUCGUUCAUCUUCCCUGAAUGUACAUCAUCAGGAAUUAGACUUCCAUGCCGUACGUUCUGUGAGAGCGUCACUACUGCGUGCGCAGCAAGAGCGAAUGCGCUCGGCCUCACCUGGGACCCCAAUGGCUGCCAAAGCCUAUCAGAUGAUCAACCAUACUGUUCUGUACCAGAAGAAGCCCAAUGUGAGCCGAUUGAAAUUGGCAUGUGCAGAAAUGCUGUGCCAUACAACACCACCACGUUCCCCAACCUGCUGGGCCAUGUUUCCCAGCAAGCUUUCCUUACCGACCAGGACAGCGUCAACACAAUCACCGCUCUGAUGAACAGUGGCUGUCAUCCUGAUGUUCAAUUCGCCGUCUGCUCUGCGCUGGUGCCAAAUUGCGUCGACUCAAUGCGGAUGCCUCCAUGCAGAGACUUCUGCAAUGAUGUGAGAGAGAGCUGCGAACAGAUUCUCACAAUGAGUGGAGAGAUGUGGCCAUUUGAAUGUGACAAUUUUCCUCCCCGGGGUAGAUGUACGUCACCCUAUCCAGUCGUGGUCUCUGCCGACUUGACGUUACCUGAUGAAGUUUUCACUGAGGACCUCAAUGACAUGGAGAGCUCGCAGUACCGGAUGCUGGCAGGGACUUUGGAAAGAGAGAUACCCAAAGCCUUUAGGGCUACAUACAGCUCCAGUCGGGCAACUGUGACGAACUUUCGCCCGGGGAGCGUAGUUGCCACCGUUGACAUGGAGUUCCAGAACACUGGCCAAGCCCCAGAAUCAAACGAGGCCGCGAUAGCAACUCUGCAGCAGUACAUCAGCGAAAACGGGGGACGUCUUGGCAGACUGAGUGUGAGCCAAGUUGUCGGUGUACCUCCAGCAACGUCAGAAUGCAGCCCAAUACCUUACGAUCGCUGCCAAAACAUGCCUUACUCCGACACGUCAUUCCCCAACUGGUUAGGGUGGCAAGGACCAACAGAUGCCGUCGGAAACGCAACAGAGAUAUUUGGAGCCCUCGAUCAGAUUUCCGAUUGCCACAAGGACUUGGAGUUCUUUUUGUGCUCACUGUACUUCCCAUCAUGCACAUCGACAGGAGUCAUAUUCCCAUGUCGCUCCUUCUGCGAUGAGAUAAAUAACGCAUGCGCACUCCGAGUCCUUUCCAUUGGCAUUCCUUGGGACACCGCCGGCUGUACCACCCUGCCGAUCAGCAGCUACCAGGAGGGAUGCCUCGCUCCUCAAGCGACGUGCGACGGCUGGUCAUACGAAUGUUAUGGAUCCCCUGGAAGCUGUGUGGGUGCUUGGGAGUUCUGUGAUGGGAACGGCUUUUGUCCCUACAAUGACGACGAACAUAGCUGCGGCAACUACACAUGCACGCCCAUUGAGCUGGGGUACUGCCAAGGAGAAGUUCCCUACAGCAGAACACUUCUCCCGAACUACUUUGGACAGCCGAGCACAAUGAUGAUUGAAGAGUCCGACAUACACAGGAACGUGUCUCUUCUGGCUGAUACAGCUUGUCAUGAACACGUGAAAUUCCUCUACUGUCAUAUGGCAGUUCCAGAGUGCAUUAGGGAGGGUGUACGCGGCCAGCCCCUGUGUCGCACCCUGUGUGAGGAGGUCAGACAGAAUUGUGCAGAGGAAAUAAAGGAGAUUGGGUUCCAGUUUGACAAGAGCACGUGUGACGGUAUCUUUCCGGAUUCCGUUCAGAAUGAUACGUGCAAAAUGGCAAAAGAAUUCAACUGCACAUUUGACGAUGACACCUGUGAAUGGAUGGCUGGCAACAACAGCCAGGCGGCGAGGCUUCAGCCAGCAUCGGACUCUGGUAACUAUGUAUCACUAAAUGGCGCCUCGUCAAAGCUAACUAGUCCAACGAUGUACACGGACAACAAAUGCCUGAGGAUGCGGUAUUUCGUGAGAGGUGACAUCAGUAGGUUAUCAGUAUACGUGACGGGACCGGACGGUAACAGCUUCAGCACGUGGCGCCAGUCAUCUACGUAUGAUGGAGAUGGGCGGGAUGAAGAUGGGAUGGCUGAUGAUGGGCGGACUGAGGAGGAGGAACUGGAGUGGUCAUCCAUCAAUCUGAACAUCAACAAAGGAUGGCCUUGGUUCAAGGUGUCUUUGGACGCGUAUGUAGCCGAAGAAGGGGAGAUAGGAGUUGACGAUGUUACUCUCUCUGACGGAUCAUGUGAAGGAGAAGAAGAAGUAUCUCCUGGAUGCGAGCCUAUGAAGUUCGAACGUUGUCUGGAUAUGCCUUACAAUUUCACCACCUACCCGAAUGUGCUGGGCUGGGAGAGAGAACUGUCAUUCCACCUCUCCCCGGGAACCUUCCAGGCGUUUGACCAGAUCGCGGACUGCCAUCGUGAUCUGCAGUUCUAUCUCUGCUCGUUCAUCUUCCCUGAAUGUACACCAUCAGGAAUAAGACUUCCAUGUCGUUCGUUCUGUGAGAGCGUCACUGUGGCGUGCGCAGCAAGAGCGAAUGCCCUCGGCCUCACCUGGGACCCCAAUGGCUGCCAAAGCUUAUCUGAUGAUCAACCAUACUGUUCUGUACCAGAAGAAGAGGGCUGUCCCGAAGGACAUUAUAAAUGCUUUGGUUCAGGGCAAUGCGUUGGCCCAUGGCAAUUCUGUGACGGAAUACCAGUCUGCCCUUACAAUGAUGAUGAAAGUGAAGAAGCCUGUGGAACAUACAACUGUAUGCCUAUGGACUUCGGGUACUGCCAGGGUGUGAUCAACUACACCAGCGCAUUCUUCCCCAACUACUACGGCCAGGAGAAUGUGACAGUGAUCGAACAAUCAGACGUCCACCAGCUAGCUGUCAAUUUUGCCAAUACAAAUUGCCAUCCUGAUAGCAACUUAUUCUACUGCCACUUGGUGGUUCCGGAGUGUAUCGAGGAUGGGGUCCGAGGCAAACCAGUUUGUCGCGCCGUGUGUGAAGAAGUGCGGCAGGAGUGUUCAGACGAAGUCGACUCUUUGCAAGUCCCACUUACCAAAGAAUGGUGCUACGCAACGUUCCCUGACUCUGUCCACAAUGACACCUGCAUACUUUUUAAAGGAGUCAACUGUACAUUCGACUACGACUUCUGCAACUGGAACCAAGUUGAGUCGGGAAGUUCAGAUCAGCCAUGGAUGCAAGUAGCCAGCUCUCCAGGACAAGGAAAGCAUGUAGCUUCCAGUGCUUCAUCGUCGCAAUUGCUCGUCAGCCCAAGGAUCUAUACAGAUGACAAGUGCAUGAAGUUCCAGUACAAGCUGACAGGAGGUGACAGCAGGGUCCUUGUCAAACUGAUGGGGCCAAAUGGCAUGUCCUGGAACGCCUGGAACACGACAACCUCCAGGUCUGUGAGCAACAACUGGACCACCGCGAGCAUCAGCAUCAGGACGGGUCUAGACUCAGUCCAGGUGUCAAUUCAGGCAUUUGUAGAUGGUGAUGGCGAUGUUAGUAUUGACAAUGUGACCCUGUCUGAUGGCCCAUGCCGCGAAGAAAAAGCCAAGUGCGAACCGAUCAUGAUAGACGUUUGCCAAGGCGUUGUGCCGUACACUGCAACACUGUUCCCAAAUCUACUGGGCCACAGUUCUCAACAGGCCUUCUUAUCUGAUCCAGACAGUGUCAAUACCGUCAACCUGUUGAUGAACAGUAACUGUCAUCCUGACAUAAGAUUUGCUGUGUGUUCUGCACUGGUUCCAAACUGUGUGGACUCAAAACAGCUGCCACCCUGUAGAGGUUUUUGUAUUGAAAUCAGAGCAUCCUGCCAACCGAUGCUGGCGAUGGCUGAUCAGGAGUGGCCUUUUGAAUGUGAAAUGCUCCCGUUUGAAUUCCAAGGAGAAUGCACGACACCGUCCCCAGCUCAAUGUAAGCCAAUUGAAAUCGGCAUGUGCAGAAAUGUUGUGCCAUACAACACCACCAUGUUCCCCAACCUGCUGGGCCAUGUUUCCCAGCAAGCUUUCCUUACCGACCAGGACAGCGUUAACACAAUCACCGCUCUGAUGAACAGUGGCUGUCAUCCUGAUGUUCAAUUUGCCGUCUGCUCUGCGCUGGUGCCAAACUGCGUCGGCUCAAUGCGGAUGCCUCCAUGCAGAGACUUCUGCAAUGAUGUGAGAGAGAGCUGCGAACAGAUUCUCACAGUAAGCGGAGAGAUGUGGCCAUUUGAAUGUAACACUUUUCCUCCCCGGGGUAGAUGUACGUCACCCUAUCCAGUUGUGGUCUCUGCUGACUUGACUUUACCUGAUGAGGUUUUCACUGAGGACCUCAAUGACAUGGAGAGUUCGCAGUACCGGAUGCUGACAGGGACUUUGGAAAGAGAGAUACCUAAAGCCUUUAGGGGUACAUACAGCUCCAGUCGGGCAACUGUGACGAACUUUCGCCCGGGGAGCGUAGUUGCCACUGUUGACAUGGAGUUCCAGAACACUGGCCAAGCCCCAGAAUCAAACGAGGCCGCGAUAGCAACUCUGCAGCAGUACAUCAGCGAAAACGGGGGACGUCUUGGCAGACUGAGUGUGAGCCAAGUAGUCGGUGUACCUCCAGCAACGUCAGAUUGCGACCCAAUACCUUACGACCGUUGCCAAAAGAUGCCCUACUCCGACACGUCAUUCCCGAACUGGUUAGGGUGGCAAGGACCAACAGAUGCCGUCGGAAGCGCAACAGAGAUAUUUGGAGCCCUCGAUCAGAUUUCCGAUUGCCACAAGGACUUUGAGUUCUUUUUGUGCUCAUUGUAUUUCCCGUCAUGCACAUCGACAGGAGACAUAUUCCCAUGUCGCUCCUUCUGCGAUGAGAUAAAUAACGCAUGCGCACUCCGAGCCAUUUCCCUUGGCAUUCCUUGGGACACCGCCGGCUGUACCACCCUGCCAGUCAGCAGCUACCAGGAGGGGUGCCUCGCUCCUCAAGCGACGUGCGACGGCUGGUCAUACGAAUGUUAUGGAUCUCCUGGAAGCUGUGUGGGUGCUUGGGAGUUCUGUGAUGGAAACGGCUUCUGUCCGUACAAUGACGACGAACAUAGCUGCGGCAACUACACAUGCACGCCCAUUGAGCUGGAGUACUGCCAAGGAGAAGUUCCCUACAGCAGAACACUUCUCCCGAACUACUUUGGACAGGAGAGCACAAUGAUGAUUGAAGAGUCCGACAUACAUAGGAACGUGUCUCUUCUGGCUGAUACGGCUUGUCAUGAACACGUGAAAUUCCUCUACUGUCAUAUGGCAGUUCCAGAGUGCAUUAGGGAGGGUGUACGCGGCCAGCCCCUGUGUCGCACCCUGUGUGAGGAGGUCAGACAGAAUUGUGCAGAGGAAAUAAAGGAGAUUGGGUUCCAGUUUGACAAGAGCACGUGUGACGGUAUCUUUCCGGAUUCCGUUCAGAAUGAUACGUGCAAAAUGGCAAAAGAAUUUUAA